GUCCCACCUCGAAUGACAAGGCCGAAACAAAAGCAGGAAACAUCCCUAAAGUGUCUGGGCUAGAACGCAGCCAGGAACUGAACACAGACGUGCCCUUUGUUCUACCCCUCUCCAGCCCACCACCUGCCACAACAGUUGUGACGUCCAGCUCUUCUGUACCCACCUCAAGCACUCGGCCUAGCCCACUGUUGAAAAAGGAGCCGUUGAUCCCUGCACCAGCACCUCCGAGGCUCACCCCUCAGCCACAGCCUCGGCCACAGUCGCAACCUCAGCCUCGGCCACAGUCACAACCUCAGUUGUUGCCUGAGCUUCGGACACAGUUGCCGAGUCAUAUCCCCCCUCCUCUCGGUUACCAGGUUCAUCACCAAGUGGCCCACAACGGACUCAAUAAUAUCAGCAGAAGCAGCAGCGCCAGCAGUGCCACAAGCAUUAGCCUCCCCAAGCACCUGUCUCUCUCCCCGCAGAUCCCGCCCCACCACUCCUCCGGCCCCGUGGUGCCUCUUUCCAUCUCCAACCUUGCCGCUUCACACUUCCCUCUCCGAUCACAAUCCCAACAUCAGCACCAUCCGGCCAUGUUCGCCCCCCCUCCCACGCUGCCGCCCCCACCUCCAGCCUUGCCCACCAACAGCCUUGUGAUCCCAGGUCACCCUGCAGAUACCAGCCUGUUGAUAUCAUUCAACCAACCAAUCAUGUAUUGCCAGCCUCAUUCGGGGAUUCUGAUUGGUACAUUGUCACAGGCAUCUCUCUUACCUCCACCAAUGAGUUCUCACGUAGAAAACCAUCACAGCAUGACGUGCAGAAAUAGGGAAUGCCAGUUCGACAAGUACGCUCCCAAGCUGGACAACCCUUACUUCCGCCAUUCCAACUUCUUUCCAAGUUACCCCCCAAAUGUGCCAGGAAUGCCUUCCAUGCUCCCCCACCCAGGCCCUUUCGGAUCCCUCCAAGGAGCUUUUCAACCCAAGACUUCGAAUCCCAUUGAUGUGGCCAGCAGGCCUAGCACAGUGCACCACACGCUCCUGCAGAAGACACCUGGGGUGUCCGACGCCUAUCGGGCUCCUGUACGAGUAAGUAAGAAGCCUGGAAAAUGGUGUGCAGUCCACGUGCAGAUUGCUUGGCAGAUCUACCAUCACCAACAGAAGAUCAAGCAGAUGCAGCUGGAUCCCCACAAACUCGAAAUCGGCGGAAAACUUGACCUCUUCAGUAGACCGCCGGCUCCCGGAGUCUUUCCUGGUUUCCAUUAUUCUCAAGAUCUUGCCCGACCCCUUUUCUCCAGCACAGGGUCUGCUCAUCCAAACUCCACUCCAUUCGGAACCUCGCCUCAUCAUAGCAGCUUCCUGCCCACCAGCCAUUUGGCAGAUCCGUUUAGCAGGUCAAGCACCUUCAGCGGCCUUGGAAACUUAAGCAGCAAUGCCUUUGGCGGAUUAGGCAGUCAUACUUUGAGUCACAGCAGCCUCUUUGCUCACAAAGAUGGACCGGCGGUCCAGGGCUUCAGCAGCCCCCACGAGCCCUGGAACCGGCUGCACCGGACGCCGCCCUCUUUUCCCACGCCGCCUCAGUGGCCCAAGCCGGGCGACUCCGAGCGGAGUUCCUCCGUGACGAAUCAUGACAGGGACCGAGACAUUGAAAAGAGGGAUCUUUCCUCAAGUAAAGAAGAGAGAGAGAAGGAGAGGGAUCUUCUGGAUAAAAGUAGGCACUCGAACCGAUCCUCGCCCGCUUCCGCGCCCAUGACUCACCAGAUCAGCAACCUCAUCCGUAGCAACAGCCAGGCUGCCAGCGAUUCUUCCCGGCCAGUUGCCCUCCUCGACCGAGACAGAUCGAAAGAUCUGGAGAGAGAGAUUCCUGACCGGCUCAGAGAUCCUCCUCCGGUGGCAGACCAGAAGAUCAAAGAAAGCCGCUCCCCCGUGAAGGAACCUCCAAGCCAUGAAAAGAGAUCCCUGGAGGACAACACCAAGCCGGUAAUCCAGUCGGUCUCUCCGUACAGCAAACCUGCCUUGAGCGAAAGCUUGAAACUCAGCAACCUGAUGAACAAGGACGUGGAGAGGAAGCCGGAGCUUCUGACGGACCUCCAGAAGAUCAAGAACGACAUCAAAGUCAAAGAAGAGCGUAAAGAGGAAGGCGACGUCUUGGUUGUGAGUUCAGAAUCUUCACAGCAUCCGAGAGGCACCGAGCACCCGCCGCCCCCUUCUUUGCACGGGUUACCCCUGCCCCACACCAUGGCCGCCGCCAUGCCCAUCUCCAUGAGCAGCGUCCAUCAGAUGAACACCAUGAACGUUCUGGAACGUAGCCGGAUGAUGACCCCGCUCAUGAGCAUGAACUCGCUCACGGGACGGGAGAGGCUACCCCACCCAGGGUUCUCCUGGGACCCCAUGAGGGACCCCUUGCGCGACGCCUACCGGAGCUUAGACCUCCACCGCCGGAUGGACUUCCAGCUCCGAGCCGAUCCCAUCCAUAGGUUUCCCACCACCUCGGGCUUUUACGAUCACGAGCGCUCCUACCGAGACCGCGAGCCCCACGACUACAACCACGAGAACCUUCUGGAAGCCCGCCGGGAACAGGAGCGGCUCCGGCAAGCGGAAGAGAGGGAGAGGUUGCACUUACGGGAAGAACUUGAGCGUGCCAGAAUGCACCACUUGCACACGUCCCCCAUCGAAAGCCACCUGGCCCACAUGCCUUCCUUCAUGUCUCACCUCAGCGGCAUGCAUUACCCCAGACUCAGCCCUUCGGCCGCCAUGCACAACGGGAUUUUGAACAGGAACCCGCCCACCGCCGCGCUCAGCGCCCCACCCCCGUUGGUCCCAGCUAGUAAUACGAGACCCUCCUCCCCCCGUCGGACUACGCCACUCACGAACCCGGAUUCCCGGGAUUAUUCCCCUUCUAAAAAUCCCAAAGAAGUCGAAGCACGAUAA